AUGCUGAAGACCUUGGUCCCCCGAGCGAGCCGAUCGCUUCUCUCAACCAAAGCUCCACACCUUGGUCCAGCGAACCUUCGAACAGCCCCAAGCUUCCAGAUAGUCUCACAAAAUCAGCAAAGAAGAAGGGGCUACGCCUCAGAAGCUUCAGACUAUGAUAUCGUCUUCAUUGGUGGUGGUGUCGCAGGGUAUGUGGGCGCAAUCAAAGCUGGACAAUCAGGCUUAAAGACUGCUUGUAUCGAGAAGAGAGGAACCUUGGGAGGCACAUGUUUGAACGUCGGCUGUAUACCUUCGAAAUCCCUGCUGAACAACUCACAUCUUUACCAUCAAAUAUUACACGACACCAAAAAGCGUGGCAUAGACGUCAAUGAUGUCAAACUCAACCUGGCGCAAAUGAUGAAAGCGAAGGAUGAAUCCGUGGCCGGUUUGACAAAAGGUGUAGAAUUCUUGUUCAAGAAGAACAAGGUGGAUUACAUCAAAGGAACAGGCUCGUUUGUGGACGAGCACACAAUCAAAGUCAACCUGACUGAAGGAGGCGAGACGGAGAUCAAGGGCAAAAACAUCGUAAUCGCCACCGGUAGUGAGACAACGCCAUUCCCGGGUCUUGAGAUCGACGAGAAGAAGGUAAUUACGAGUACCGGCGCAAUCGCCCUGCAAGAGGUGCCCAAAAAGAUGAUCGUCAUCGGGGGUGGUAUUAUUGGUCUUGAAAUGGCAUCGGUGUGGUCUCGACUCGGUUCCGAAGUCACGGUGGUUGAGUUCCUGGGUCAGAUCGGCGGACCCGGCAUGGACCUCGAUAUUGCCAAACAAUCACAGAAGCUUCUCGCAAAGCAAGGCAUCAAGUUCAAAGUCAACACUAAAGUUUUGAAAGGUAAUGCCAGCGGAGAUGGCGUGAAGCUCGACGUGGAGGCAGCAAAAGGUGGCAAGAACGAGACCCUAGAAGCGGAUGUUGUCCUCGUCGCCAUCGGCCGACGACCCUACACUGAUGGAUUGGGCAUUGAGAACAUCGGCAUUGAGCUUGAUGAGCGCAAGCGUCUUGUCAUUGACCAGGAAUACCGAACCAAGAUCCCUCACAUCCGUGUGAUUGGCGAUGUAACAUUCGGGCCCAUGCUGGCGCACAAGGCUGAAGAGGAAGGCGUCGCAGCUGUCGAAUUCAUCACGAAAGGCUACGGGCACGUCAACUACGGCGCCAUCCCGUCUGUCAUGUACACGCACCCGGAAGUGGCGUGGGUAGGGCAGAACGAAGCCGAGCUGAAAUCUGCCGGGGUCAACUACAAGGUCGGCACAUUCCCUUUCACGGCCAACUCGCGGGCCAAGACCAACUUGGAAACCGAUGGUCUGGUCAAAAUCCUGGCCGAUGCAGAGACGGAUCGCAUCCUGGGCGUUCACAUCAUUGGCCCCAACGCCGGCGAGAUGAUCGCCGAGGGUACGCUGGCGCUGGAGUACGGUGCCUCGAGUGAGGACGUGGCGCGGACGUGCCAUGCCCAUCCCACGUUGGCGGAGGCUUUCAAGGAGGCUGCCAUGGCCACGUACAGUCACGCCAUCCACUUCUAA